AUGAGUGAUGUCGAGAUGGAAAUAUUCGGGGUGGCUGCCCCGUACCUCCGCAAAUCAGAACGGGAGAGAAUCGCAGCCCAAAACAUGGUGUUUGAUGCCAAAACAGCCGUCUUUGUGCCUGACCCGAAGCAGGAGUAUGUGAAGGGAAAAAUCAAAAGCCAAGACGGUGCUAAUGUCACUGUGGAGACUGAGAAUGGAAAGGUUGUCACUGUGCACCUGGAUGACGUUCGCCCCAUGAACCCUCCCAAGUUUGACAAGAUCGAGGACAUGGCCCUGCUGACGCAUCUCCAUGAACCGGCCGUGCUCUUCAACCUCAAGGAGCGCUACGCCGCCUGGAUGAUCUAUACCUACUCUGGGCUCUUCUGUGUGACUGUGAACCCCUAUAAGUGGCUUCCAGUCUACAACCCGGAGGUGGUGGCCGGGUACCGUGGAAAGAAACGGCAAGAGGCCCCCCCGCACAUCUUCUCCAUCUCUGACAACGCCUACCAGUUCGUGCUCACAGAUCGAGAGAACCAGUCUAUCCUGAUCACUGGAGAAUCUGGUGCGGGGAAGACUGUCAACACAAAGAGAGUCAUCCAGUAUUUUGCAACAAUUGCAUCAUUCGGAGACUCCAGCAAAAAGAGCAAGCUGCCGGCAAAAUGCAGUUUACAGGGGACUCUGGAGGAUCAAAUCAUCCAGGCCAACCCUCUGCUGGAAGCUUUCGGCAACGCCAAGACUGUGAGAAACGACAACUCGUCUCGAUUUGGCAAAUUCAUCCGCAUUCACUUUGGAACAAAGGGGAAGUUGGCAUCAGCUGAUAUUGAAACUUACCUUUUGGAAAAAUCCAGAGUGACCUUUCAGCUGCCGGCAGAGAGGAGCUAUCACAUCUUUUAUCAGAUCAUGUCAAACAGGAAGCCGGAUUUAAUAGAGAUGCUGCUGAUAACCACCAAUCCAUAUGACUACCCUUUCAUCAGCCAGGGUGAAAUCACUGUGCUGAGCAUCAAUGAUCCCGAGGAGCUGAUGGCCACAGAUAGUGCCAUUGACAUCCUGGGGUUUAACACGGAGGAAAAGGUGGGCAUCUACAAGCUGACUGGAGCUGUAAUGCACAACGGGAACAUGAAGUUCAAGCAGAAGCAGCGGGAGGAGCAGGCGGAGCCCGAUGGCAGUGAGGUGGCGGACAAAGUUGCCUACCUCAUGGGUCUAAACUCAGCUGACUUGCUGAAAGCGCUGUGUUAUCCCCGAGUGAAGGUUGGCAAUGAGUAUGUCACCAAAGGCCAGACUCCGCAGCAGGUGAACAACGCCAUGGGUGCCCUGUCUAAGGCCGUGUAUGAGAAGCUGUUCAUGUGGAUGGUCACGAGGAUCAACCAGCAGCUCGACACCAAACUCCCAAGACAGCAUUUUAUUGGCGUCCUGGAUAUUGCAGGGUUUGAGAUCUUCGAGAUGAACAGCCUGGAGCAGCUGUGCAUCAACUUUACAAAUGAGAAGCUGCAACAGUUUUUUAACCACCACAUGUUUGUGUUGGAGCAAGAGGAAUACAAAAAGGAAGGAAUUGUGUGGGAGUUCAUUGACUUCGGCAUGGACUUGGCAGCCUGCAUUGAGCUCAUUGAAAAGCCGAUGGGUAUUUUUUCAAUUCUCGAAGAGGAGUGCAUGUUUCCAAAGGCGACAGAUGGCUCCUUCAAGAACAAGCUGUUCGACCAACACCUGGGGAAGACCAGCAUCUUUCAGAAGCCCAAGCACUGCAAAGGAAAAGCAGAAGCCCACUUCUCGCUGAUGCAUUAUGCCGGAACUGUAGACUACAAUAUCAGCGGCUGGCUGGAAAAAAAUAAAGACCCUCUAAAUGACACUGUGGUGCAACUUUACCAAAAAGCUUCCCUUAAGCUGCUCUCUCAGCUCUUUGCCACAUAUGCCACUUCUGCCGCUGCUGCUGAUGGAAGUAAGAGAAGUUUCAAGAAAAAGGGCUCCUCUUUCCAGACAGUUUCUGCACUUUUCAGGGAAAAUCUAAAUAAACUGAUGGCCAACCUCAGAUCCACACAUCCACACUUUGUAAGAUGCAUUAUCCCCAAUGAAACCAAAACACCAGGGUCCAUGGACCACCAUCUGGUCCUUCACCAGUUACGCUGUAACGGCGUGCUGGAAGGUAUCAGGAUUUGCAGAAAGGGAUUCCCAAGCAGGAUCCUCUAUGGAGAUUUCAGGCAGAGGUACCGGAUUCUGAAUGCCAGUGCGAUCCCUGAGGGGCAGUUUAUUGACAGCAAGAAGGCGUCAGAGAAACUACUCUCCUCCAUUGAUGUGGACCAUGCUCAGUAUAGAUUUGGAUACACAAAGGUUUUUUUCAAAGCUGGCCUGCUGGGUCUUCUAGAGGAGAUGAGGGAUGAACGUCUGGCUGUGCUGAUAACUCGCAUACAGGCUGUGUCCAGAGGUUAUGUCACCAGGCUGAGGUUCAAGGAGAUGGCAAAGAAAAGAGAGUCCAUCUUCAUCAUCCAAUACAACAUCCGUUCAUUCAUGAAUGUGAAGAACUGGCCUUGGAUGAGGCUCUACUUCAAGAUAAAGCCUCUGUUACGAAGUGCGGAGGCCGAGAAGGAGAUGCAGACCAUGAAAGAGGAAUUCUCACGACUCAAAGAGGAGUUUGCAAAGUCAGAGGCCAGGAGGAAGGAGCUGGAGGAGAAAAUGGUCACGCUCGUCCAGGAGAAAAAUGACCUUUACCUUCAAAUCCAAGCAGAGAGGGAGAACCUGUGCGAUGCGAGGAGAGUGUGA